AUGACAUUGUUGAUUCGACCUGACAACGCUGAAGAGUCCAAGGGUGGAAACAGCAUCUCAAACCCCGCCAAUGCCAAGGCCAACUUCACGGUGCAGCUCGUCGUCCAGCUCUAUCGAGAUGCAGCUCUCGUCGACGCUCGUGACUUCUCCAAGCGCGCGUCUGUUCUCAUCCUGGCUCCAUACAAAGAACAGAAACGUCUGUAUGAUCUCUUGCUGCGACAAUUGACCGAGGCCGAAGUCCCUAAGGAUCUGGUUGAAGUCCAAACUGUUGACGACUCACCCAGUCAUGAAGCGGAUGUCGUCAUCCUCGACUUGAGGACUCCCCUUGAGUGGCCCUUGAACCACCUCGUUGCUUUCCUCGAGGAACGAAGUGCAGUCAUCGAUCUCAGGGACCGCUGCCGUUGGUACUUUAUGUGCAAGAACUGCUGUCAGCCCGGUCACAUCGCUACCGAGUGCAAAUUCAAGCCGAAGUGUGUUCGGUGCGAUGGAGCAUCCCAUGCGACUCGCAACUGUCCUCGCGCGGAGGAGGACGCGAUCUCGACAUCCGCAUCCGAACCGAUCACUGCUGACGAUGGCAUUCAGCGAGAUGUUCUCAACCCUCCACGUGUCAACUUCUCCGACUCGAAGCGAUCCAAGAAGAACAGCACCACUCGUGAGGAAGCGUUUGCUAGGCCCGACAAACACAAGGACGCUAUGCGCAAGGCCUUUCGCAAUGCUAUGCGAGGGCUUCGUAAGGUCAAGAAGGACCAAGACGUCCAGGAUGCUGAGACUGACGAGCAUGAUCAGGCGGGCGACGAUGGAGCUGACGAUGGUGUCUGGUAA